AUGAGCAAUUCAACUGAUAGCAUGAAGUCGACACCCCAUAUCAACGAGCAGUCACAACCCCCAGAGUUCCCAAUCUUUAACGAUGCAGACGUCGUUCGCCGGCUAGAAACCUGGAAUGUUAGAUAUGAUUUCACACCCACCAUGUUCAGGAAAACAUCACGGUUUCCUUGGGUCUAUAUGGACUUAAAAGAUCAUCCAAUUGAAUGCAAGAGAUUGUUCAAUCACGACCGCAUCACCAACGAAGUCAACGCUUUGAAAUUGGUUUCACAGCAAACAACAAUUCCCGUUCCGCGUCUUCUCGAUUAUGGCAUUAAUUCAGACGGUACACGAUACCUUGUGACGGAACUCAUCAGCGGCAUUGGUCUCAACAAAUUGCAUGAGUUAGGCUGCCUAGUAACAGCUGACAAAAAACAUACAGAAGAAUCUUCUUGCGAUACUUGUGUGCGUAGAGCAUAUUCCAACGCCAUAAACUUUGUAGAAAAUACUGUAUUGCCACAACUUUCAACUAUGAAAUCCCACACAAGAGGUAUUGACGGUUUCGUUAUGCCUCCUGCUUGGUUACCCAUCGAUACGCAAGAACCAUGGAAAGGAAGAAAAGAACCGUGGAAGACUCUCCCGCUCGCAACUCCCGAAUACGUAUUCCAACAUGGAGAUCUAGCAGCCCAUAAUCUUCUUAUAGACACGGAAACUCUCCAACCUAAAGCUUUGAUAGAUUGGGAAUUCGCUGGUUACUAUCCUCCCGGAAUGGAUCUGUGGCCUGGAACAUUGGAUUUUUGUGCAUAUGUUCGUUGUGCUAGAGGUGAUAAUAUGGCGGAGUUGAUUAGGAAAUAUAUUCCGGAGGACUUUUUGGAGGCUUGUGGCCAUUUGGAAGAUAGAGAGAAAUUUGACUUGUUGGUUAGAUCGGGAUAUUUUCCGGAUCCUGAGGAGUUGAGAGCAGCUAUGUCAACGCCGGUCAUCAAUUCCUAA